AUGCCGAGAGAUAGGAACACGAAUUCGCAGCGCCGCCAUUCGCGCCAUUCAGAGGACGAACCACGUCGCCGCCAUCGCCACCAUCGCCACCGCCGCGAUCGCCCGGCUAAUCAGGACCCAGGUGAGCGCCCAAACACCGCGGCUUCCGCCACGACGAUGCCCGCAUUAGAGGGACUGCACCUGGCAGCCAACGCCACCAGCCCCAGGCGCAACUCGCGGCCACCGACGCCGACAAGCACGGUCGCCGCCGACACGGGGCGCCCACCGCGUCCGCCAUCGGCCGCGCCCGAUGCCACCGGAUCCACCCCACCAGCGACCACCGCCGACAGCGACGCCCAGCCGUCGCCCGCGAUCAGCCCCACAUGGUGCGAAGGGCUGACCUACGAGGACGUGGUGGCCUCUAUUUUUGAGGCAGAAGAAGAGCCGGACCCAGCCAUCCCCUCGGUCCCCGCCUCGCCGACCCCCGUGGGCCCGCUGGGCGCAAUUUAUGAGGAGGUCUCCGAUGCUGAGGUGGUGACUCUCAGCUCGGACGACGACGAGCCACGGGGCGCGGCGAUGGACACAGUUGUCCUUCUCGACGAGGAGGAGACCGUGCCGUGGGUACCGCCCCACCGAGAAACACCACCGCCCUCAUACGAGGAGCUUUUCGGGCCGGGCCCGUACCCGGAGCCCGACCCUCCAGCAUCAGCCGGGGUCAGCACCGCUGCCACCAUGGCGGUGCGGGCCACCGGCGCCGCUGCCACGGGCACACCCAGGCCCGCACCCAGUGCCACCGACGCCAAGGAGCAGGCCACGCCCACGCUCACCGCCGCCGACGACACCGCCGACGCGGCAACCGUCCGGGCAGGAGCCAGCACCCCCACGGGGGAUGACUUGCUCGCGCUCCUGCUGGGGAAGCUGGCCGCGUCCCCCGACGGACCCACCACGUCCGCCGCAUCCCAGCAGCGGGAGGCAGUCCGGGCCGCGGUCCGAACAAUAAUGGCCACGAUCCCCACGGCGGAAGCCACUGCUCAACCCGACGCAGCCGCUGGAUCGACCGCCGGCAUCCCACCGGCCGCCACUGCUCAAUCCGACGCAGCCGCCGGAUCGGCCGCCGGCAUCCCACCGGCCGCCACUGCUCCACCCGACGCAGCCGCCGGCAUCCCACCGGCCGCCACUGCUCAAUCCGACGCAGCCGCCGGAUCGGCCGCCGGCAUCCCGCCGGCCGCCACUGUUCAACCCGACGCAGCCGCCGGAUCGGCCGCCGGCAUCCCGCCGGCCGCCAUGGCUCAACUAGACGCCGCCACCCAAGCGGCCGCCCAACCGGACGCCGCCGCCACGGCGCGCGCCCCGACGCCGCCUGACGGCACCGCGGCCACUGCAGCCGUAGCUGCCGUCCUGCCGUCCAGGCCCGUGCGGCGGGUGAGGCCUAUGCCGGCCACCGACCAGCAGCGCUGGCGUGGCCGCCAGCCUUUGGCCAACCCCGAAGGCGAACCAGUCGGCCGCCCAGGCAUCCUCCGCCGACCGGCCCCAUGGCCCAUGGAGGAGGCCAGUACUGACGAGGAAUUAGGAGAGGACGCCGAGGAAGACGAGGAGGACGCCGACUCGGAGGAGGAGCUUCCCCCGGUGGAUCCCCUGCCUCCAAACGCCCAGGUCCGCGCCCUCGACGGAUGGGUUACCGAAGACGGGUGGGUACCCAUCGCCCUCCUGCGUAGUAUAGACGGGCAUCUGCGCCAGCCGAGACGCCGGGAGGUGCGCUACCUGGAGGAGGUAGCCGGCAUCCGCUAUCGCAUCCAGAUCUCGACCAGCGGCCGGGUAAAGGUCUUCCCGCACCCCCGAGGAAGGGAUGGGGUGUGA